GAAGAAAUUUACUAACAGAACCAAUUCUAACUCUGAAAAAUCAAGCAUUUUGUCAGAUUCCUGUAUGUUCUCAAAGGAGAUAGUAAACAUAAACCCCAAACCUUUCUCGUGUUCUGAAUGUGGAAAAUGUUUUACACUUAAUUUGAAUUGUGUUAGCCAUCAGAGAACCCACACAGGAGAGAAACCGUUCUCAUGUUCUGAAUGUGGAAAAUGUUUUAUCACUAAAACAGUACUUGUCUGUCAUCAGAGAAUUCACACAGGAGAGAAGCCUUUCUUAUGUAGUAAAUGUGGGAAAUGUUUUGCCGGGAAAGGAGAACUUGCCCUUCAUCAGAGAACUCACACAGGAGCGAAACCAUUCUCAUGUUCUGAAUGUGAAAAAUGUUUUGUCACAAAUGCACAUCUUGUCCGUCAUCAGAGAACACACACAGGAGAGAAACCAUUCUCAUGUUCUGAAUGUGAAAAAUGUUUUGUCACAAAUGCACAUCUUGUCCGUCAUCAGAUAACUCACACAGGAGCGAAACCAUUCUCAUGUUCUGAAUGUGGAAAAAGUUUCUUAAUAAAUUCAGAGCUUGUCCGUCAUCAGAGAACUCACACAGGAGCGAAACCAUUCUCAUGUUCUGAAUGUGGAAAAAGUUUCUUCAUAAAUUCAGAGCUUGUCCGUCAUCAGAGAACUCACACAGGAGAGAAACCAUUUUCAUGUUCUGUAUGUGGAAAUAGUUUUGGGCAACAUUCAAAUCUAGUUAGACAUCAGAGAACUCACACAGGAGAGAAGCCUUUCUUGUGUAGUAAAUGUGGGAAAUGUUUUGCCGGGAAAGGAGAACUUGCCCUUCAUCAGAGAACUCACACAGGAGCGAAACCAUUCUCAUGUUCUGAAUGUGGAAAAAGUUUCUUCAUAAAUUCAGAGCUUGUCCGUCAUCAGAGAACUCACACAGGAGUGAAACCAUUCUCAUGUUCUGAAUGUGGAAAAUGUUUCUUCAGAAAUUCAGAGCUUGUCCGUCAUCAGAGAACUCACACAGGAGAGAAACCAUUUUCAUGUUCUGAAUGUGUAAAAUGUUUUUACACAAAUGCAGAGCUAGUUUGUCAUCAAAGAACACACACAGGAGAGAAACCGUUCACAUGUUCUGAAUGUGGAAAAGGUUUUGUCAAAAAGGCACAUCUUGUCCUUCAUCAGAGAACACACACAGGAGAGAAACCAUUCUCAUGUUCUGAAUGUGAAAAAUGUUUUGUCACAAAUGCACAUCUUGUCCGUCAUCAGAGAACACACACAGGAGAGAAACCGUUCACGUGUUCUGAAUGUGAAAAAUGUUUUGGGACAAAUGCAGAGCUUGUCUGUCAUCAGAAAACUCACACAGGAGCGAAACCAUUCUCAUGUUCUGAAUGUGGAAAAAGUUUCUUCAUAAAUUCAGAGCUUGUCCGUCAUCAGAGAACGCACACAGGAGAGAAACCAUUCUCAUGUUUUGAAUGUGAAAAAUGUUUUUACACAAAUGCAGAGCUAGUUCGUCAUCAAAGAACACACACAGGAGAGAAACCGUUCACAUGUUCUGAAUGUGAAAAAUGUUUUGUCAAAAAGGCACAGUUUGUCCGUCAUCAGAGAACACACACAGGAGAGAAACCGUUCACAUGUUCUGAAUGUGAAAAAUGUUUUGUCACAAACGCAAGUCUUGUCCGUCAUCAGAGAACACACACAGGAGAGAAACCGUUCACAUGUUCUGAAUGUGAAAAAUGUUUUGUCGCAAACACAAGUCUUGUCCGUCAUCAGAGAACACACACAGGAGAGAAACCGUUCACAUGUUCUGAAUGUGAAAAAUGUUUUGUCACAAACACAAGUCUUGUCCGUCAUCAGAGAACACACACAGGAGAGAAACCGUUCACGUGUUCUGAAUGUGAAAAAUGUUUUGGGACAAACACAAGUCUUGUCCGUCAUCAGAGAACACACACAGGAGAUAAACCAUUCUCAUGUUCUGAAUGUGAAAAAUGUUUUGUCACAAACGCAAUUCUUGUCCGUCAUCAGAGAACACACACAGGAGAGAAACCGUUCUCAUGUUCUGAAUGUGGAAAAUGUUUUGGGACAAAUGCAGAGCUUGUCUGUCAUCAGAGAACACACACAGGAGAUAAACCAUUCUCAUGUUCUGAAUGUGGAAAAUGUUUUGUCACAAAUGCAAUUCUUGUCCGUCAUCAGAGAACACACACAGGAGAGAAACCGUUCUUAUGUUCUGAAUGUGGAAAAUGUUUUGGGACAAAUGCAGAGCUUGUCUGUCAUCAGAGAACUCACACAGGCGUGAAACCGUUCUCAUGUUCUGAAUGUGGAAAAUGUUUUGGGCAUCAUUCAAAUCUUGUCAUUCAUCAGAGAACUCACACAGGAGAGAAACCAUUCUCAUGUUCUGAAUGUGAAAAAUGUUUUUACACAAAUGCAGAGCUAGUUCGUCAUCAGAGAAAACAUACAGGAGAGAAACCGUUCUCAUGUUGAGUAUGUAGAAAUUGGU